AUGACCAACAAGAGAAAUUCAAAGAGACUCUCCCAAGUCGAUGAAUCAGCAAAUAAUGGUGGUGCUUUAGGAGAAACAUAUUUUGGUUCUCGUAUUUGGUUGAAUAAUGUUGGAAAAGAUGGACGUGCAACAAACACUGCAAGUGGAGGUGGUUACUUGUUUACCAAUGAAGAAGAAAUUAAAGAACAACGUAAAGGUGUAUGGGACAUGGUCAAAAAACUCGGUGGAGCUUUAUUGGAAGGAAAAGAUCUUGUUUCCGUCUCGUUGCCAGUGUACAUUUUUGAACCUCGUAGUUUCUUGCAACGUUUGCCAGAUAUUUGGGCUUUCCACAGUCUUUUAACUGACGCUGCUGACCAAAAAGAUCCUGUUCAAAGAUUUAUUAGAAUAAUCGCUUUUGGUAUUGCCGGAUUACAUCAAACGUGUGUCCAAAAGAAACCAUUUAAUCCAAUUCUUGGUGAAACAUUUGAAGGAUCAUUUAGUCACAGUAGUGAUCCAUCGAAGGAUAUUCAUCUUUUUGUUGAGCAAACUUCUCAUCACCCACCUAUCACAGCUUAUGAAGCUCAAGGAAAAGAUUUUAGACUCCACGGUUAUUGUGGAUACCAGGCUAGUAUUAGAGGAAAUGCAUUGAAAGGAGGUCAAAUAGGACCAACAUUUAUUGAAUUUGAAUCUGAUGGUGCUGUUAUUCAAUAUUCUCAACCACUCUUGUGGUUGAAGGGUAUUUGUUGGGGAGACAGAGUUCUUGAAUAUUAUGACAAGAUGAGUUUUACUGAUGCUAAAAAUCAAUUAACUUGUGAUAUUCAAUUUAAUCCUGAUCAAAAGAGUUUUCUUGGAUCUUUCUUUAGUAGUCAAAAAACACCAGUUGAUUAUGUGAAAGGAGAAGUUAAGAAAGAUGGUCAAGUUAUCGGAGUUAUUGAAGGAAGUUGGUUGGGAAAUGUCUAUUAUUUACCAAAUCAAACUUCUGAUUCACUCUCAUCAAUGAAGGAAAAGGAAAAAUCUGAAUUAGAGAAAUUAGAAUUAUUCAAUAUUGCAGCCCAAAUGCCAAGAUAUUUAAGACCUUCUGAUAAUCCACUUCCAUCCGAUGCUCGUUUCAGAGAAGAUGCUGUUGCUCUUCGUAAUGGAGAUCAAGAAUUGUCUCAAUUAAAGAAGGAAGAAUUAGAAAACAAACAAAGAAAGGAAAGACAAUUGAGAAAGACUGGAAGUAGCAAAACCAGCUUAUCAAGUGCUAAUUCUCAAAGCGGAACUGAUUUAGUGACUGCUAUUAAUAACAACCAAAAUUAAGUCACUCCCGAGUCAUUUUGUUCAUCAAACUCUAAUCUGUUCGAUGAACUAUCCAGCUUUGUACAGUAAAAAUUUAAAAUUAUUUAUUU